AUGCUCUUCUUCAGCUUCUUCAAGACCCUCACAAACCAAACCGUGACCAUUGAGCUCAAAAACGACAUCCGCAUCCGCGGCACUCUCAAAUCCGUCGACCAAUACCUGAACAUCAAGCUCGAUGAUGUCGAUGUGCUCGACCUGGACAAGUACCCGCAUCUGUCGUCGGUGAAAAAUAUGUUCAUUCGUGGGAGUGUCGUGCGCUAUGUCAUGUUGCCGCGGUCGGAGGUGGAUGUUGGAUUGUUGGAAGAUGCCACGAGGAGGGAGGCUGCCAACCAGGCCGGAAAAGCUCGUUAA